UGUACCCAAUACGAUCACACACCCGAAGGCUGAAAAUAAAUAUUUUCUUAGACGCUGAGGGAAACUUUGAAGUGUUUUUUGGGUCCCGCCUCUUCCCAGCCGAGAGGCGGGAAUUCUCUCUCAAACACACACAUGAGAUAGAUCCCCGCAACGGGAAGGUUCCGCGACAAAUCAGUCUACAGCACGCGAGAUAAGAGUCCUCACAUGAGAGUCCUCCGCAAUGGACGCAAUUGAGAGUAGGAAAGUGACUAAUUUACGCGUGAAUAGCUUCAGCAUUGAGAAUUUGCUGAAGCCUCGCAUUGACUCCAGUCGAUCUCCGUGCAAUUUCCAUCAGAGUGAAGUGAUUUCAGUGAAGAAGUGCUUCAGUCCGGAUACAAAUUGCUGUGUCCCCGAAGAAAUCCUGGAUAGCACAAGUGAGGCAGCCUCUGAGGAGGGUGGCUGUACUAAUGGGAGUGAUGAUCGCAAAAAGAGACCCCGAACAGCUUUCUCGGCAUCCCAAAUCAAAGCACUGGAGGCGGAAUUUGAGCGAGGAAAGUACCUUUCGGUGGCCAAAAGAACAGCCCUUGCGAAGCAGUUACACCUAACUGAAACACAGAUAAAAAUAUGGUUCCAAAAUCGCCGCACAAAGUGGAAGAGAAAAUACACAGCCGACGUGGAAUCCCUGGCAUCGCAUUACUACGCCCAAUUGGGUAUUGGUGGCCUAGCCCGUCCGAUGGUUGUUGGGGAUCGUCUGUGGCUCUUUAGUCAGGGCGGCGGUGCACCAGCUCCUGUGCAAUCAGUCCUCCUACCCAAUGCACCUCCGCUCAUUUCACCGCCGGGAAUGCCACGACCUCUUCCCCCGACGGCACGUGCCGUUGCGUCACGACCCCCAUCGCGUGGUGCCUUCCUGCAGCGUCCCUCAUCACCCUAUUCAUCGGCAAAAAUCCUCCCACCUCACUUGCAUCCUGCCUUUGACUCACACUGCGCCACUGCACCCUACCUCAGUGCCCCUCAUCCAGUGACCGGGAAAUUCUUUGGGCCACCCGGAUCAGGGAGCUUCCUCAAGGUGCACGAGAGUUUCCCCGUUGGACGAUCUUUCGGCCCCCAUGAGCGCUUCAAUGUCCUCAUGGCGAAUGAUUCCACAGGGACAUCCUCCUCAUCCGGUAUUGCUGAUCUCGAGAGGGCUUUCGGCACACACAGUGAUCUCAUUGGUGACAAAGCCACCAUCCAACCCUCAGCGGAUACCGCAUUCAAGGCCACCACGAAGAUGAUGGAUGAGAGUGAUCAGAGUGACAUCGACUGCGAACAAAUAGACGAUCACGACGACUCCUGAGUACUACAACCAAAACUUAACGCGCCGGCACUUUCUUUAUGCAAAUAAUAAAAUCCCCAAACUAUUUUUUUUCUUGCAACUCUGUUACCAUUUUAUUGUAUAUCACAGCCAGUGUGGCUUCUGUUACAUCUCCUCAUCAUGCUCUGCCUUAAAAAUUACAUUACAUUUUGGGAUUAAAUUUAUUAUUAUGCUUAAUAUUAAAUGUUUUUCUUUUUUCCUAUUUGUUUUACAAGAAGAAAAAAUAAUAAAACACACACACACACUUUUACACACUUGUUUUGCACAAAAUUCAUAAUUCUGUUUGUUUUUUUUUGUCUAUACAAAAAAUACUAUUGUUAGAUUGUUCUCAUAAUCCCGUGUUUUGUCUUUGCGUACAGUGUCAAUGAAUCCAUAAUAUUAAUGCAAUGAAUGGAUAGAACUGACGCAUUGUCCAGCAGUGGGUGGCAAAAAUGUUCAAGAGAAAUGUAAAGAAAGCUCUUCUAGCAUAAAUAGGUCUUGCUCUGAUUAGAGAAAACAAUUUUGAUCCGCGUUGCUUUUAAGGGUUUUUUUCAGGGAAUCAAAAGAAAAUAAUAAAUUGUCAAAAAAAAACUUAAAAUCUUCCAUAAAAAAGCCGAGAAAGAUUACACAAAACAUGCAAAAAUAUUCACUAUUGGCCAUUUUGUCCGUUAAAAUGUUUCAAAACAUUAUUGUUAAUGUUUCUUUGAUCGGGUUGUCAUUAUAAAACAUUAACGUAAAUGUUUUGAAACAUUUAAAGGGACUAAUUGGGAAAUAAUCGCGCAAUUGCUUGCUUUUUAUGUGAUUCAAACAGAAAAUGUUAUUUUUACAAAUUCUUAUUCUUUUUUAUGAUUCUCUAAAAGAAACUCCAAAUUAAAAUUGUUUCUUCGAAUCAGAGAAACACAUCCAUAUAUGCCUGAAUAGCCUCCUUUCAAAAUUCUAAAUAUUCUAAAACUUCUAUAAUGAAAUUACAUUUCAUUUUAUUCAGCCUGUCCAUAAAUUUAAAAAAUUUUCCUUAAUUAAAUUUAUAACUCAAUUCUGUUAAAUUAAAAAAAAAUGAUUUUAGUUCAAAUAAAAAUAUAAUUUCUUCACCUAAAAUAUUAGGCCUCAACUCUUGUCUGACUCAUUGUCAGCAUAAAGACUUCUUUUUCAAAGCAUCGAUGAAACAUGGGCUUAAAUGUUUCAUUUUAUUAAAAUAAACAAAUAACAUUAUAGUGACAUCAUUGUUUGGGCAAAUCUCUUUGACGAAUUCCCUUAAUAUAAUCUUUCAUCUUCAAAAUUACGUUUGUCCUUUCGAUUGUUUCCUCAAAUUAGGUUGUCUUCCAUGCAAAAACAAGUAAAUUCCUUUAUACGAAGCUAUUACCAUUCAGAAUACAAAGAAACACGAUUAAUUUUCAUUUUUUCGAUAAAGUUUUUCUUUUUUAAUAAAUUCUUGCCCUCGAGAUGAAUUUUUGAUCUAUUUUUCUCUUCUAAUAUCUUUGCCACCCACUAUUACCUAAUUCAUGUAUUUUAAUACACAUUCAAGUACGUCUAUAUGAGGAGCAUUGUACGUACAACCUUUUUUUUUAAGCGAAAAUUUUACGGAAGAGGAUUUAUUGUGAGAUGUGUAUGAAAUUCACGUUAACCUGUAAAAAGCUGCUACUACUUCUUCAUUUAUAAAUCUUCUUUAUUACUAUUUUAUUUAAUUUUAGAGUUAUUUUGUUUAUAGAAAAAUUUAACUAAGGAACAAAUUGGCAAUCAUUGUUGGUCUCUAAUAUUUUUUUUUAAGAGCGCGAGAUAAAUAUCAAAUAGACAAUUUAUAAUCAUCAUUCACGGGAAGCACAUAAUUCAUUGUUUUCUCUUUUUACGUCUUCUCGUGAUUGAUGUAUAAUAUUUAUAUUUAUAUAUAAUUUCACUAAUAUUAAAUUUAAAUUAAAUAUUUCCAUCUGACUUACUUGGAAUGUUCUUCUUUCUUUUUUUUU